AGACUAUGCCCUGCCCUCCUCCACAGCAUUGUGAACACCAGAAACAGAUUGAACCCUUCUAAUAGCCUACCGAACUGCAUGAAACAAGUUAAAAUGGGUUUGUUUUACAUUCUGACAAACUGGGCCUGUUAUGCUAUUUGCUAUAGUUUCCUUCUGAUUGCAGUUGCGUUCCUUGUUUAUUGUUUGUAUAUCAAACACGUUCACAUGAAAUAUGAUCAUAUCCCUGGCCCCCCAAGAGACAGCUUUUUAUUUGGGCAUUCAACAACAGUGUUGGAGGAAACACGAAGUGAUAGAAAUCUUCACGACAAAUUCCUACAGUGGGCUGAAAUGUAUGGGCCAGUUGUUAGGAUUAAUACUCUUCACGUCGUUGCAAUACUUGUGACAUGUCCAGAGGCUACCAAGGAGAUCUUGAUGUCCUCCAAGUACCCUAAAGCUAAAAUUGUAUUCAAACAACUCCAUGGACUUUUUGGAGAAAGGUUUCUUGGAAAUGGCUUGGUUACAGCUACCGAUCAUGAGCAGUGGUAUAAACAACGACGGAUUAUGGACCCUGCCUUCAGCAGUCUGUACCUCAGGGGUCUGAUGGGGACCUUCAACGAGAGGGCAGAAAACCUCAUGGAUGAACUCACAAAGUUAGCAGACAGCAAAAAAGAAGCAAAGAUGCUCCAGUUGGUCAACCGUGUGACCUUAGAUGUCAUCACCAAGUUGGCCUUUGGAAUGGAUUUGGAUCUCCACAAAAACCAUGAAUCACCUUUCCCUAGAGCCAUUGAGACGUGUCUGAAAGGCAUGGUUCCUUACGUCCGAGACAUGCUUUUUCAGCUAAACCCAAAAAACCGGCCGUUCAUCAAAGAGGUGAGGGAGGCGUGCCAGCUUCUGCGGACCACAGGGGAAGCCUGGAUCUCCAAACGGAGAACCGCCAUCCAAAAUGGUGAAGAUGUACCCAAAGACAUCCUCACUCAGAUCAUCAAAUCAGCUGGACAAGUAGAGGAAAUGACUAAAGAAGAUGAGGAUCUUAUGUUGGACAACUUUGUGACGUUCUUCAUUGCGGGACAGGAAACUACAGCCAAUCAGCUUGCAUUCUGCAUCAUGGAGCUAGCAAGAAACCCUGACGUCAUGGGAAAAGCGCAGAAAGAGGUGGAUGCUGUUCUUGGAAUGAAGCAGGAGAUUAGCUAUGAUGAUUUGGGAGAGCUGACCUACCUCUCACAGGUGCUGAAGGAGACCCUUAGGAUGUAUGCCACGGCUCCGGGAACUUCUCGUGAUUUGCCGGCGGACAUGACAAUCAGUGGUGUUCACGUACCUGCAGGAGUUAUGUGCAUGUUUGACUCCUACGUCUGUGGGAGGAUGGACAAAUUCUUCAAGGACCCACUGACGUUUGAUCCGGACCGGUUUCAUACUGACGCUCCCAAGCCUUACUACUGUUACUACCCCUUCGCUCUCGGACCACGCUCCUGUCUGGGACAGAAGUUUGCACAGAUGGAGGCUAAGGUGGUGAUGGCCAAAUUGCUUCAGAGGUUUGAGUUCAGCCUGGUGCCAGGACAGUCCUUUGACAUCCUGGACACUGGAACCUUGAGGCCUAAGAGCGGGGUCGUUUGCAACAUUGCACACAGAAAUCCCAACAUAUGAAACUUUAUUUUGCAAUGAGCAAUUCUUCAGGUGACCUCUCUCUUGGGGCAGGUGGAAAUCGGUGACUAUAAAUAUACUGGGUUUGAUUCCCAACGAUCUACCGGUUGCAUUCUUGAGAAAGAUCGCUCAAUCAAAUUCAUCAUUGUUUACUGAUUUUCCGCCAGCACGCAGCAUAGACCCAUAGAAGCUAUACAUAUGGUCUGCUACUAACUACAUGAUUCUCCAUCACGGAUCUUCAUCAACUAUUAUGUUUGUUAAUGUAUUUACAUGAUGGGACUGGCAGGUAUGCCUAUCAUGAACUUAGUUUUGGUCACGUUUUUCUGCGAUAUGUCGAUGUCUUGCAGGAUUCUCUUGCUCGCCAGCUCUAUCCGUCUGUAACGUGUAUAAGAAAUACUUUGAAUAUUUUAUUGAAUUUCCUGCUGAAAUAUGUAUAUCAGUGGCGGCUGGUGGUUUUUAAAGUGAGGGAGGAAGGACUGCACGCUUGUUUGCCAUUGGCCUGCUUGCACAGUUGGUGUAUAUGGCGGCAUAAGAAUGUGAGACUCAAGUUGUUUCCGGGUGUUUUGGUGAACCACAAAAUAGUAGGGAGGGAUAGUUAUGUGAAUAAAAUUGAUACAAAGCCACCAGUGGCAUCACUGUAAUUUGAAAGGCAGCAUGUCUUUGAAAUGGAUUACAAGGGCAGAAGGAAAGGAUGCAAAGCGCAGUAUUCAAAUCAGGCCUAAUCUGGAUUUGUAAAAGUAAAUAAAAAAACCUGGGCCUAUUUUUGCCCUCAAUGACUGAAGUUAUUGGUUGUAAUUUAGCUAUGUUUAUUUUCAGUUACAAUUGUUGUAAGAAAAG